GAACUUAUAAGAUAAUUUGAAAUGAAGACAAUUUAUUUGAUGAAAAUUUAGAAUUAGAAUAUUAAUUAAAUUAUGGCAAAAAACAAAAGCAAGGCUGUGCAUGCAAUCAAAAUUAAACAUAAUGCUCCUUUUAGUUAAAAGAUUAAAAAGAAGGAGUAGAAAGGAUAAAAGUAAAGGAAAGUUGGAGGAUUUAAAUCGUUAGCAAAAUUUGAUGUGAGUAGAAUUAAGAAUAAAGAGAAAAGAAUUUAAAUCUUGGAGAGAAAAUAGAAUGAAUAGAAAAAAACUAAGAAAAUGGAAAGAAAAGAAAAAGAUGCAAAUCCUGACAGAGAAAAAUUGGGUCCAUUGACAAUUGAUGAUAAAAGAGAAAUUGAUGAAAAUUUUGUUUUUGAUGAAGAUGAUUAAGACGAAUUAUAAAAUGAAGAAUUAAUUGAUGAAUUCUAAAAUUAUUUUUAAGAAGGUUAAGAUCCAAAAAUUAUAAUCACUACAAGUGAGAGACCUUCUAGAUAAUUAUUCGAUUUUUUAAAGGAUGUUAAAGAUGUUUUCGGACCAGAAACACAUUAUUGGCCUCGUAAAUAAUUUUCACUCAAAGAAAUAUAAGAGUAUUCCAUUAACAAAGGAUAUACAGAGUUAUUAGUAUUUAGAGAACACAGAAAAGAAGUCAGUUAAUUAAUUUAUGUGCAUUUACCAAAUGGACCAACCUAUAAGUUUAAAUUGACCAACUAUACACCCUGUGAUGAAAUCCAUCAUCAUGGUAGAUUCACUGAUCACAAUCCUGAGUUGAUUCUCAAUCAUUUUAACACUAAAGUAGGUAGAAGAGUAGGAAGGGGUUUGGCUGCUCUCUUCCCUUCUAAACCUCAAUUUAGAGGCAGAAGGGUUGUGACUUUCCAUAAUCAAAGAGAUUUCAUCUUCUUUAGACAUCAUAGAUAUAUGUUUUAAGAGGAAGGAUAAAAAGUGGCCUUACAAGAGUUAGGCCCUAGAUUUACCCUUUAAUUGAAAUAACUUAAAUUGGGUUUGUUCAAUGAUGAUGGAGAAAUAGAAUUUGAAGCUAGAGAUGAUUACUAUGUAAAAAGAACUGCUGCUUUUUUAUGA